AUGCCUUCCCGCAGGGCUCCAGGUCCUUCACCUGCCCCGACGAGCCCCUCCGAGCUGUCCCAGGCGAGAGACUCCUGGUCCAGCUCGCCGGACUGGGACGAUCAGCGCGACUGCGGCCGCUGGAGCGAGGAGGACGAGUCGGUCUCGAUGGAGAACGUGCCCGAAGUGAUUCCGGGCAAGUAUCUCCGGGGCACGGUCAUAGGCCAGGGGGGCUGGUCGACUGUCAUCAAGGUGAAGAGGGUGGAGGAUGGGAGGCUGUUUGCGGGCAAGAAGUCGCAGACGCCCGAGCAGCUGUACAAGGAGUCGAAGAGGCUUCGGAAGUGGGAUCACCCGAACAUUGUAAAGCUUGUGGAACUCUACAAGCAGGACUCGGAUGAGGACAACAAUCUUCUCAUCAUGGAGCUUUGCGCAAGGGGAACCCUGCAGAUGCGUAUCGAGUGGUACUACGAGCCCAUGAGCAUGUUGGACAUCGUGUCCACUACCAUCCAAGUUGCCGAUGCUCUUGUCUACAUGCACGGCAAAGGCUUUUUUCAUGCAGACAUGAAGCCGAGGAACAUCUUCGUCCGUCGAUUCGACCCAAUGGAUGUCGCCCUUGGAGACUGCAGUGACUGCAAGGUCCACGGCAACGGCAAGAGUGAUGAUAUCUGGGCUCUGGGGGUUACUCUGCUCGCGAUGAUGCUUCAGAAGCCGCAGAAGGACAAGGGGGAUGCGGGAAAGUUCCAGUACCCUUCACGAUGUGCCAACUAUACACAGGAGCUGAUGAGGCUCAAUCCCGGCAACGCACUUGUCGACCUCGUCAGCAAGAUGCUCGUCAAGAAAACCAGAGAGCGGCCAACGGCCGAGAGGUGCCUUGAGAUGGCGACCAAGAUUAUGGAGGGGUCAAAUGACAACGAGAAGCUGGCCGGUAGCAUGGAUGGGCUGGGGCUCACUUCCCCAGAAAAGCACCGCCCUGCCGAGGCGCCUCCUGUCUACCAUUGGUGA